AUGCCGGAGCCCACAACACGGCAUUUCCGGCCGUAUCUGCGACCGCCAGAGAUCGAGAGCCUGUCGGCACGCCAGAGGGGAAAGCUAAGCGUUGCGCGUGAGGAGCGUCUGCGUCAACAAGCGUGCACCUUCAUCGAGCAGGUCGGAGUUCGAUGCGGAUUACGGACGAUUGCUUCGGCUCAGACGUUGUACAUGCGCUUCCACCUGUUCUUCCCGUAUGCCGAGUUCCAGUUUGUCGAUGUUGCCCUGACGACCCUCUAUGUCUCUUCGAAAUUGCACGAUACGCUGAAGAAACCGAGAGAUAUCAUCAUUGCGAGUUAUGGCAUCCGAUUCCCCCAGCUCGUGCGCAAGGGCAGCACUGCGGUUGAUGUAUCUAACGUCGACUCUAACGUGCUGGAGCACGAGCGAAAGCGCGUUCUCGGUAUCGAGCGGUUGGCCCUCGAAACGAUCUGCUUCAACUUCGGAGUCCAGGUGCCUUUCGAGAUGGUCAUCAAACUGGGGAGGGAGCUUGCAUUGCCCAAGGAUGUGAUACAGCAAGCCUGGCGCGUAGCAGUUGACGCACAUCGAACACCGGCCCCUCUGUCCUAUCCUCCUCACAUCGUCGCCCUGGGAGCGCUGUAUACGUCAGCACUUCUCUCGUCCGAAUCGACGGCCCCACAUGACAACCCCGACCCCCUCGUCGCGAAGCUCGGCAGCCCCGGCCCAUGGGAAGACGAGUAUGCUGCGGCCGCUGAUGCGGUGGACGAUGUCGCUCACUCUCUCCUCGACCUGUACAUCACCAUCGUCAGUAUCCCACCCAAUGACCCGAGUCUCCAGUUGUUCAGUCCUUCGCCCGCGAGCCCGCGAGAGAAUCCGAGAAGUGGACGACCAUCGCCCGCGCCCGGCAAUGCACCCACAGUCACGGCUUUCAAGCUGCCGCCGUUCUGGACGUCGCAGAGUCUGACCGAACUCAAGAUCCACCUCAGGGAUAGGAACCCAGGUGUGAUGUGGCCGGCAGAGGAAGACACGGAGCUGCCAGAGGGCAUGGGCCGGAACGAUGGCACGGUACGCUUCAUGUGGGAUUGA